AUGAAAUGUCUUAAUUAUAAUGCUUUUGCAUAUACAACAAAUGCGAACAAAACCACGUCGAGCGCAACACACUCCCUGAGAGUCACAGUGUUUCAAUCAAGAAUAGCUGAUAAAACCUUCCAGUAUUUAAACCAUAUCUUGCAGAAGACAUGUUUUAUUUAUGCACAUGGAUAUGAUGUGACAAAGUUAAAAUGGAUGAAAAUAAAAAUGUUUCAUGCUCUGACUAUUCUCAGUGGAAAUGCGGCAAAAAUACAUUUUCAAGAUAAAAACGAAAUGUGCUUUGAAUACAAUGAGCUAAACCUUUAA